CCAGCCAACAGCCUUAGCUUGUCUUUGUCCCAAAUUUAUGUACUUUUGGAACAUUUCUUUAAUGAUUCUCCAACUCUUCCCCCUUUUCCCAUUAUAUAACAACAACCCACAAACUAUUAUCUAACUCAUAUUUUCUUGAACACAAAUACAAGGUCAAAAAUAAUCUCUUCACAUCAAUCUUGUAGAAGAAAACCAAGAAAGACCUAGAAUUUUGAGUUUAUAGUUUGAGGUAUAGUUGUGCAGAAGUUUUUAUUACCAGGAUGGAGAAAAUUUUGAAUCUUAAAGCAACAGAACUUAGAUUGGGUUUGCCAGGGACAGAGGAAGAAGUUGAUCACCAACAAAUUGUGCCCAAUUCCAAGAAUAACAAAAGGUCUUUGUCUGAAUAUGAAGAUGAAUCAAGUUCAGAUUAUGAAGCCACAACACCCCCUGUUGCCAAGGCACAAAUAGUGGGGUGGCCACCAGUGAGAUCUUACUGGAAGAACACCUUACAAAUUACUACAAAGAAAACAGAAGCUCAUCAAGAUCAGUGUGGAAUCUAUGUCAAAGUUAGCAUGGAUGGAGCCCCUUUUCUUAGAAAAAUUGAUCUUAAAAUGUACAAGUGUUACACUGAACUCCUUAAAGCAAUGGAGAAAAUGUUCAAGCUCAACAUAGGUGAAUAUUCAGAGAGGGAAGGCUAUAAAGGGUCAGAAUUUGCACCUGCUUAUGAAGAUAAAGAAGGUGAUUUGAUGCUUGUUGGAGAUGUUCCUUGGGAAAUGUUCAUGUCAUCAUGCAAGAGGCUGAGGAUAAUGAAAGGAUCAGAAACAAGAGGCUUGGGAUCAUGUGAACUAUGAUAUAUAUAAAUAUACCACACGCAUUUUUGAGGCUUUUAUGAAGAUUUCUCUGUUUAGAUGAAUCCUGAAAUUGAUUUAUUUAUUUAUUUUGAAACACUGUAAUCAAACAGAAAAAAGAGUUAGUAAUUGCAGUUACUUUUUCGUUUUUGUUCUUGUUGUAACAUCAUAUAUAUAGCAGGGGACAAACCAUGGUGGUUUAUCAAUCCUGCAUAUUUUUUUGAGACUGGGAUAAUUUCCCCUUCAAACAUACAAAGCAACUGUACUUAUUUUUUUUUGGCUGUGAAACCAAUUGUACAAACACACUGUAUUUUUGCUUUUCAAUUCUUGAUAUG